CACAAAAGAAGCCCAAAAAAAACCCGGAACAUAAAACCCUAAUUCACAGUCAUAUAAAACAGACUCUGCUUUCUUCUUCCCCUUUCGUUUGUUCAGCCGAUCUCAAACCACAGCGCAACAAUGGUGAACGUUCCAAAGACAAAGAAAACCUACUGCAAAAACAAGGAGUGCAAGAAGCACACCUUGCACAAAGUUACCCAAUACAAAAAGGGUAAAGAUAGCAUUGCUGCUCAAGGAAAGAGGCGUUAUGAUCGCAAACAAUCUGGGUAUGGUGGACAGACCAAGCCCGUCUUUCACAAAAAGGCUAAGACCACUAAGAAAAUUGUGUUGAGGCUUCAGUGUCAAAGCUGCAAGCAUGUUUCCCAACACGCCAUUAAGAGGUGCAAGCAUUUUGAGAUUGGUGGUGACAAGAAAGGAAAGGGAACAUCUCUAUUUUAGGUGGAGGAUUAGAAUUUUACAGUUUGACUGUGGUUUUCUUUUGUUUCCAUUUUUGUCUUUCUGAUUUUGCAGAAAUACUUGUUUGAGAUUUUUGUUUUGAUAUUUUUAAUGGAUUUAUUACUUUUCUUAAA